AUGCCCAGUAGUGUGGAUGCGAUGCAUCACAAGCGCGGACCGAAGACUUCCCAGGAUACAUCGGUUGAUGGUCCGACGUUCAAGCGAGUUUACCAGGCAUGCGAGAGCUGUCGGCAGAAGAAACAAAAGUGCAGUUUGGGGGAUCCAGCAAAGCCCAAAUUACCAUGUGAUGCCUGCCGUAGAGCCAGUCUGAUUUGUGUGCUACCGGAGAAGAAGCGAAAGGGCCGGCCUCCAAAGAAAUCUGUGCGUAAUGUAAGGACAUCAAGUGAACUUGGUACGGAAACGGCCACCACAAACAGCAACAACAAUUUCAAUUUCUCCUACCUUGGCAACAGAGAAGCGCCAUCCAUCUGGCAGACGACAUUUACAGAGUCUUUCGAUCCUGUUACGGGAGAUGAUGAAGGGGCCACAACGAGAAUUCCUGUCUCGGCAGAGAGGCAGAGCCAUGGACCACUGCCACGGCACGAUGAGCAUUUGGCGAGUCAAGAUCUGGCAAGGUUUCCUCUGAGGAACACAUCUGAUGCUAUACGACUAUUGGACCAGGAUCGAACACCGAUGCACUUGGAGCAAUCCGGCACGGCGGACGGCCAUGGCGAUGCCUCCUCUAGACAGGAAUUUUUUCUGCUUCGUGAAGGAUUUAUCGACGAGGCGACACUCUUCAGACUCUUCAACUUCUAUCUUAACUCUCUACAUCCUAUUAUGCCACUUAUCCCGUAUGAAAGGAUGCCGACGACGUCAGAGCACAUCCUCAACAUGGCGGGGCGAGAGCCACAUUUCACUGCUGCAAUCCUCGUGGUCACCACCGGGCUGUUAGGGGAACAUAAUCUGCAUCAGCUUUUGUGGCGAAGGGUGGAGCGGGUCUUCGCAGAGGUCGCAAUCAAGGGAACAAAUGAGUCUCUUGAGAUGAUUGAGGGGUUACUACUCCUCUCGGAGUAUCCACCAAAUAUGGGCCACAGCACGGGAUUGAGAUUCGAAGAUCGAAUGUGCUGGAUGACGGUCGGCACCGCCGUCCGCCUAGGCUACCUAUUGGGAUUAGAACAACUAGUCAUGCAGCCGGAUGAUAUCGAGGAGAAAAAUUUCGAGGAUCGUGCGAGAGGGAAGAUUGUGUGGUCUUAUUGCUUCUUGCUCGAUCGACAAAUAUCGAUUCGUGUCGGGAAACCAUUCUGGCAUCGAAGUCCUGGGAUGACUAUACAGCACCUGCACUUCAACCCGGCCGAUGACUUUCCUCAGAUGCGCGAGAUCGAAGGUCACCAAGACGAUUACGCCGCAUAUCUGCAAUGUCUCAUGCACAUAACCCAGGUGUUGAGUAAUGCUCACGACCUCUUGUAUCCAUCGAGAAGCCAUUCGCUCGCCAUCGCCAAAGCCGAGCACUACUACAAGCACAUUGAUGAGUUCACGGAAGCACUGUCCGCAGUCCGCAAUAGAUGGCAGAAGAAACCAUGGCGAACGCAUCCGAUCAAUGAAUGCGUGUGGAUAUCAUUUCAUCACCUACGUCUUUACAUCUAUUCCUUCUCCUUACAAGGUCAUAUGCAAAGAGCAGAAAGCUGCAACGAUGGUCGUCGGCCGUUGGAUUACUUUCCUACGGGGCUCAUGGGUAGCGUGGACGCCCGAUUCAUCAUUGAGGCAAUGAAUGCUGCGGCCGAUAUCCUACGCUUGGCUAUAGGCAGGUUUCAACCUACUGGAGCUUUGGCGUGUCUUCCUCUUCGGUUCUUUCUCUUCUUCAGCCACGCAGGUGUAUUCCUGCUGAAGACGGCCGUGAUUGUUCCUAUACCCCCAUCGCAGAAAAGAGCCAUUCUCCACCUGAUCCGAGCCCUUAUCAGGUGCAUGUCAAUGGCCUCGUCGGACCCCAGACAUCCUGCUGUCCGCAACUCGACUGCUCUUGAUGCUCUCUUGAGGCGGAUAUCUCGCGACAGCGACAUCCAGACUCCCGGGGUCACCUGUCCGCCCUCACCGGGCAUAGAUCCUCCGGUGCCCAACCCCAACUCGGCUGAUACUGGCGCCGGAGUCAAGCCCCGUUCGAACGAUCCGGACCUGCCUACUUUUCUGGCAAGUCGCGAGUCUCCAUUCAUUGUGGAGCGGCCGCUACAGGAUCUCGCCGCCGAUUUUGAUGCCGUAUUUGGGCUUGAAUCAGAGCAGCCGGACAUCACACUACCGCCUUACACCGAAAUUAACAACAACGAUCUCCCUACGAGUUUGCCCACGUCGGAUCUUUUGGCUUCGCUCUUCAACUAUGAUGAUAGAGGGUUUUGGGACGGAUUCACUCCGACGGCCUUGAAUUGAAUUGCGAGAUUAGCACAUCGUGAAGCCAUCCACAAUGGUAUAAUAGGAAGCAAUGCCGUCCAAUCUCUUGUCC